CGACGAACAGCCAUCCCGUCCAGACCUCCACCCGAUCCAUUGACCUCUAACAACCUCAAAACUAGUCAGUACAAGGUCUACACUCGCCCCACUAUGUCCUCCCUCCGCAACGCCGUCUCCAGGCGCAACCACAAAGAACGUUCCCAACCCCUCGAACGCCAAAAAUUCGGCCUCCUCGAAAAGAAAAAAGACUACAUCCUCCGUGCCCGAGACUUCCACCGCAAACAAGACUACCUCAAGAAACUCCGCGAAAAAGCAACCGACCGCAACCCCGAUGAGUUCUAUUUCGGUAUGAUGACGGAGAAGACGCGGAAGGGUGUCGUGGUCAAGGAUCGGGGUAAUACGACGUUGAGUGAGGAUGCGCUUAAGGUGUUGAGGACGCAGGAUGCGGGGUAUGUGAGGACGAUGAGGCAGAUUGAGAGUAAGAAGAUUGAGAGGUUGGAGGCGGAGCUGCAUGUUUUGGAUGAUGAGACUCCGGACGCGCAUAAAGGCAAGAAACGGAAACAUACUGUUUUCGUCAACGACGAGUCCCAUGCGAAAACCUUCGAUGCAGCUUCUCACUUCGACACUCACCCCUCCCUCGUCUCCCGUUCAUCCAACCGCCCACGCCUAGACCAACUCGAAUCUGUCUCAUUCGCCCCAUCAAAUGUCGAGAUGGAUGAGAGGAAGAUCCAGAAAGAGAGGGAGGCACGGCUGAGAGAGUUGGAUGCCAGGACCCAGAGGGGUGAUAUGUUGAGGAAGUUGGAGAAGGAGACCGUGUUGCAGAGGAAUUUGCAGGGAAAGGGGGCGAGGAAGAAGACUGGUGUGGAUAAGGACGGGACGGCGGUGUACAAGUGGAAGCAGGAGAGGAAGCGGUAG